AUGGCAGGUAGAGGCAAAACCCUAGGAUCUGGCAACGCCAAAAAAUCCACCUCUCGGAGCAACAAGGCCGGUCUUCAAUUUCCCGUUGGUCGUAUCGCGCGGUUCUUGAAAGCUGGAAAAUAUGCUAAGCGUGUUGGUGCCCGCGCCCCCGUUUACCUCGCUGCCGUCCUUGAGUACCUUGCGGCUGAGGUUCUUGAGUUGGCUGGGACUGCUGCAAGAGAUAACAACAAGACUAGAAUUCUGCCACGUCACAUUCAAUUGGCGGUUAGAAAUGACGAAGAGCUGAGAAAACUUCUUGAAGAUGUCACAAUUGCCAAUGGUGGUGUGCUGCCCAACAUCUACAAUGGAACGACCCAACACCUAGAAGGCAUGACCAGUGCUAGUGGCUAG